AUCUCAUCCUCCCGUUCAACAUAUAUUUUCCCGAUCUCUCUCUUCACCAGUGUAUCAAUUCUUCGAACGAACGUUUUUUUCCAAUGGUUCAACCUCCCUCAUGCCCUCUCUGUUUGCUCAUUGUGAUACCCUACCCUCUGUAUACAUUCGAUUUCCUGACUUUCUGUCGACUAUUCCCUUACAUCGUAGCAAUCUCUCUGACUGGAAUAGAUCUCUGUAUUUUUGUGAUCAUUGUCAAAUGGGAUUUUGGAGUGCAUUCCGAUCGCGUUGAAGCUAUGGCACAACAAGUCCAAACAACUCUCACCCAAGUGUGACUCGAUCAAAGUGUUUCCGAUGCAAGUUAAUAUUUCGUCCAAGGCACUGCACCCUCGGAUUGUUCACGCUCACCUCUAUUCGAUCUCAAGAAUACACUUUCAAAUAUAUC